GGGGCAGCGCCGGGGCCUUGGCUGCUGGGGAACGCUGGGAGUGCUGUGGGAGCCCGGGGAGAGCCUCUUGGGGAAAGGGCCUCCGUGCUCGGCUGGGGAGGGAGAGGGGGUUCUCCUGGCAGGAGCUCCCACCGCGUCAGAGCCCCGCGGUUAGCUCUGAGGGCACGGCAGUGUGCCGGCUGCCGCGCUCCCCUCCUGAAGCAGCUGUCAGCUGUGGGCACGAGUGCCCCGUGUCUGCCCCAGCCACUGUCACGGUGCUUCGGAAGGGAUCUGGGCCGCAGGCGGGCGGGGAUCUAUUCGUGGGGUGCUGUGUGCAGCAGCAGCGAAAAACGAAGGCGAAAAAGUGGUGAAAAAUGCCGCUUCUCGCGGUUGUAUUUCAGGCGGAGCUCGGCAGCGUUGGUAGCUCUUGUGCUUCGCUUGGGUCCUUACCAUUUAUUUUUUAAAAUCCUCCCUGUUACGUCGAGAUAGACCGUGAGAAUCUAAUUCCUGUAGAACAGGAAGAAGAGUGUUAUGAUCCUUUAAAAGCUGUGCCUCAGCUUUCAGGAAAUAACGGUCUGUUGGCUGACUGCGUUGGCGUAUAUGGAAACUUGCUCUCUGUUGCGCUCUUUGACACUUGGGUGUUGAUCCGUUUUCUUCCCCCUUUGUAAUGAAGGACCAGAAUCCACUUGACAAAUGAGUGAAAUUCUCCAGUCUCAGCUGAGAGUCUGAAAAGAUGCAACGAAGACGGAGUUCUAAGCACUCAAAGCGGCCUCUGCAAGUUCACCACAGCAAUCAGACUGAUCUCUCUGCCUGGCGAAAAGGAGGGACAGCUGAUACUGAAAAAAGUGUCCAGAAUCGUCAGUCUCUGAGUGAUGAGAAAAAUGACAAUGAGCAGGACUCCCUUGAGCAAGCUCUGAGCUACUUUGAGAAAGUUCAAGAUCGAGUUUCACUGAAAAAGAGUGAAGUUCUGCAGAAACACUUGUCUGCUGUGGAAAGCAUUGCCCUGAAAAGAGGUUUACCCCCUGAAGGAUUUGAUGUAUUGCUAGAUGUGGCGCUCAGUGGCAAACUUGCCAAUACAGUGAAUACUCGUUUACUGAAGAGCCUGAUCCCAGCCUCAGUAAUACCAGAAAGUUCCAUUGUUUCCUCUGUAUCUUGGCUCUGUGUCAGCAAAUGCUCAAGCAACAUCCAGCUGCUUUUUCUAAGGUGGUUGAUCACAAUGUUUGACUUCAUUGAUCGCAAGGAACAAGUUCAUGCCCUCUAUGGUGUCUUCUUUUCCUUCCUGAAUAACGAGAAGUUGUGUCCCUACAUCUGCCACGUGCUCUACCUGCUGACCAGGAAAGAAAACGUCAAGCCUUUUCGGGUCAGGAGACUGCUUGAUCUCCAAUCAAAAAUGGGUAUGCAACCUCAUCUGCAGGCUCUGCUAUCACUUUAUAAGCUUUUCUGUCCUGUGCUGGUAUCCAUAACCCUUCCUCAGAAGAUGAAGGCUUAUUUCAAGAAUGCAGACGGCCCCUGGAAAGCAGCAGUCAACGCUGUAAGGCAGAGAAACCAGGCCAAUUCUACAGUGUCCCAGCCACUGCUUUUAGGCACAGCUCAACCUCGGUCACGAAAAAGAAAAUGGAAUACCCAGUUGAUUGUACCUGCAAGCAGCGCCAACGCACACAAUUUAGUAGUGGGUGGGAAAAAAAGCCGUGUUGAUUCAUACAAUUCAAAUGAAUCUUUUCCAGUGGAGCAGCUGCGGACCUUUCCCCAACUCCUACAAAAUAUCCACCGCCUGGAGUUUCCUUCCCAGAUGGGUUCAGUGCUUAAAAACCCAUUGUUGCUUCACUACAUGAACUGCAGCAAAGAUGAAUCUGUUUAUCUGAGGCUCUACUACUGGAUGGGACAGACUCUUCAGGAAGAGUGUACCUGGUGUGUAGUUGAUAAUAACCAAUAUGAAGAAGAAUUCAAAGGCUUCCUGGAAACUGUCCACACGGCAGAGUGUUUCUUGCAGGAGGGAUUUCCUUCCUGUGAAGAGUUCCUGUACAGGAGUCUUCCUCUCUGGGAUGGCGUUUCCUGCCGAUCACAAAUCCUCAGGCUUGUGAGUUGGAUCCCCCUCAGUACUUUCUCCGAAAUGAAGUCACAACUCUGCGAUCCCCUGGCACAGCUCUUCUUCACAUCAUCCCUUUACUUCAAGUGCAGCGUUCUGGAGAGUCUGAAAGAGCUGUUACAGAACUGGUUAAACUGGCACGUGGUUCAGCUGGAUUCAGAGUCUGAUUCUCAAUUCAGUUCUUUGAAUACCACCCUUUCUGGGCUAGUGAAUGGGGUGGCUGAACUGAUCAACUUCGUGGGACAGAUUUCUACUGCUGCAUUGCACUUGGAAAAGAAUCAUACCUUCUUGCUGUACUUCAUCCUGGAUUUCUAUGAGACCGUGUGUGACAUGUAUCUGAAGUACAAACUGCCAUUGCUGAUAAUGCCUCCUGCUGGAGUUUUCUACCCAGCAUUGCUCAGCAUGGAUUCUGUCAACUUAAAUCAGCUCUGCUACAUCAUGUACAGAUAUAGAACCAACUUGGUAGCUGCGAAAGAGAACGAGAUGAGUAAAAAGAAAAUACAACAAUUCAAGUUCAGUAGCCAGACGUACCAAGAGUAUAACCAGUACAUAGUAGCCAUGGUGGGUUGUCUGUGGACAUCCAGUGCGUUCCAGAAGGAUAACCAUCCUCAGGGCAUUUGUCUGGAUGAUGAAUUGCUGAAGAAAACUGGAGUGCAGGAAUACAAAAACAGCUUUAAUAUCGUCUACCACCCAGCUCUGAUGUGCUAUGCUGUUGACUUCCUGCAGCAGGCCUGGCCAAAUGAUACCACCUUCAACUUCAGUUUAAUUAAGGGAAAGAAGUGGAACUGGUAUCUGAGAUAUCUCUAUGGGCAAGGUUUAGAGGGCCUGAAGCUCUUUAUUGAAAGCAGUAUCAAUCGUGUUUCCAAGACCUCUCAAAGUAAACCAGAGAAUGAGGAAGUGUGACUCUGGGACUUGCUGGAGCCUUUCUG